AUGGAGCGAGCAGGGGCCGACCCUGGCCAAGUCCCAGCCGUCCGCGUGGAGUGGCAGUGCUGCUCGACACGCAUCGUCGCGCGUGGGAGAGGGCAUGCGAUUUAUGUUUCCUUUUUGGCCGGGAGAAAUCAUCGUGCGGAAGUGGCAGUAACCAUUUUGACCGGGCAAAAUCAUUGUGUGGGCGCCUGGUUUCGCACACCGGGUAAUCUUCGCACGUUGGUUUUCAUCUUAUUCAGUGAUGGUUCAAUUUUUGUGCUCUGUCCUGUUGUUCCAUUUGGAAGUGACUAUAGCAAGAAACAUAUUCAAGAGAUAUAUGAAGAUGUUAAUGCAUUUGGAUUGAAAUCUUCAAAUCCAAAUGUUGUCACUAAUUCACAUUUGGCCAUAGCUUGGUUGGAGGCAACAUUUCCUGACCUGUUACAUCAAUCAACAGAUACCAGUUUUCUGAUGUCAAAAGGUCAUGCAUAUGCGCCAGUAGAUGAUUCUCUAACAUUACAGGGGCCUCUUUGUAGAGUUUGUGAGGAAAGUAAUGAAUCUGAAGGCAAGAACAGCAGUUGCGAAGGAAAAGCUGUAGGUUUUAUGUACAGUUCUGCUGGCAAAGAUUCAGUUCUUGUGACUGCCUGGGGUAGUGGGCAGCUCCAGAUUGAUGCUCUUGCAGAUGAAAUUCAACCGCAGUGGAACAUUGGGGUUCCUUCUCGCCUUAAUGUCGAUUCACAUGGACAAAUAAAGAGUGUUGCCAUGAUAUGUGACUCUAAUUCACAAGAUCCAUUGGCUUUGAGAUCACAUCGACCAUCUAGUACAGGAUCAAACGUGAAGAGCAACAUAGAAGCUGUUUGGAUGGGGAACUCUCCUCCUUUGCUAAGGCUCGCAAUUGUGGAUUUGGCACUACCAAAAACUCCUAAUGAUAACUCUCUGUCAUUGUUUCCUGACCCCCUUGUUCCAGAGAGAUUUUAUUGUGCGCGUGGUGGGGGGCUUGACAUGGUCACACAGCACUUCCUACCUUUUUCAUACCCCGAAAUGUCUUCGACACCACCCUCUGUGCAUCCUGUCCUCACUACAGGCAACAGCGAAACAAGUUCUCCUUUUCUUUCUGGAUUUGUUACCAUAGCUGAUGCAUAUGGUCAUGUACAGUUAGUUGGCAUCACAUGCUUGGGUGAGUGCUUUGUGGUGGAGAUGAAGGGUUGGAAGGAACCAACACCUCUUCAGCUAGACAUAGAAAGCAAAAGCACCAAGGAUGUGGAGCCUCCUGCAACUGGAAUGAUCAGCAAAGAGCUUAUUGCUGGUCCAGACCCACCUAUACUUCCAUCUUCAUCAAGCUUGAAAUCGUUGACCCCUGACUCUAUUGAAGGAAAAUCCACGCUUCAUCACUAUAUUAAGGUCUUCCAUGAGUACUAUGUGGAGUACGGGCACAAGGCCGUAAAACAUGUUAUCUGGAAUAAGAACCCUGUAUUAGUUUCGAUUCACCUUUCUCACCUUCUCUUCCUCAAAACAAAGCACCGGCAGGGGAGGCCAUCCGCCGGCCAAGGGAGCGGCUCGCUGGCGGCGGUGCUGUCGCGGGUCGGCGCGUGGGGCAGCGAGGGUGCUGCGGGGCAAAGGGGAUUCGAGUGCUCCUGCGAGGGAGGACCGAUGACGGCGACGCAGCCAAGGCGGGAGCUCGCACGAGGUGGUCCCAGCAGUGCCCGCGGGGUUACGGGGCACAGCGGACAAUGUGGCAAUCUGGAAGGAAGAGCAGCACAAGCGCACAAGUGGAAAGGCGAGGAGCCGCGCGUGGCUCGGGCGCGGAUGAGCAGCACGCCCUCGCGGGGUGCCUAUGCGAGGCAAGCAGAGGAGGGGGCGGCGCCGUGGAGCAGCAGGAACGGCGCGGCAGUGGAGCUCACGACGGACGGGCAGGAGGCAUAG